AUGGAGCAGCCAGCCGGGGUGAGGAAGGUGAUCUUCAAGCUGGUAGAAAUAACCCGUCACACCGCGGUGAGGGGCAGGAGUGGACUUGAACCCGGGACCGCCUCGCACACCCAGGACAUUUCUCCCUCCCCAGCCCCUACUGAGCCUCCACCGGUGGCCUGUCCCGAAGCCCAGGAGACUGAAGCUGCCCCAGCCCGGGAGCACCAAAUGGACACGGAAGCUAAGGAGCCAGGAGCCCCCGGGGCACCCCGUCAGAAGUCCUGGCUGGUGCGAAAUUUCUCGCUGCUGCUGCGGCGGGACCGGCAGGCCCAGAAGGCAGGGCAGCUCUUCUCGGGGCUCCUGGCCCUCAACGUGGUGUUCCUGGGAGGCGCCUUCAUCUGCAGCAUGAUCUUCAACAACGUGGCCGUGACGCUGGGUGACGUGUGGAUCCUGCUGGCGGCGCUCAAGGCCCUGUCGGCGCUCUGGCUCCUGUACUACAGCGUGGGCACCGCGCGCCGGCCGCACGCCAUGCUCCACAGGGACCCUCACGCGGGCCCCGUCUGGGUGCGGGGCUCCCUGGUGCUCUUCGGCAGCUGCACCGUCUGCCUCAACAUCUUCCGCGUGGGCUACGACGUGAGCCACAGCCACUGCCGGUCGCGAGUGGAGCUCAUCUUCCCGACCAUCGAGAUGGUCUUCAUCUGUGUCCAGACCUGGGUGCUCUUGAAACACUGUAAGGACUGUGUUCAGGUGCAGACCAACUUCACCAGGUGUGGCCUGAUGCUGGCCCUGGCCACCAACCUGCUGCUGUGGGUCCUGGCCGUCACCAACGACUCCAUGCACCGUGAGAUCGAGGCUGAGCUCAGCGCCCUCAUGGAAAAGUUCUCAGGAAACGACACCAACACCUGCCUGUGCCUCAACGCCACGGUGUGCGAGGUCUUCCGGAAGGGCUACCUGAUGCUCUACCCCUUCAGCACCGAAUACUGCCUCAUCUGCUGUGCUGUGCUCUUCGUCAUGUGGAAGAACGCGGGGCGCCGUCUGGCCCCCCCGGCCGGCGCCCACCCCAGACCCGCGCCCUUCCACCUGCAUGGGGCCAUCUUCGGGCCGCUGCUGGGCCUGCUGGUCCUGGUGGCGGGCGUGUGCGUGUUCGUGCUCUUCCAGAUCGAGGCCAGCGGCCCGGCCAUCGCGCGCCAGUACUUCACCCUCUACUACGCUUUCUACGUGGCCGUGCUGCCCGCCAUGAGCCUGGCGUGCCUGGCGGGCACGGCCAUCCACGGGCUGGAGGAGCGAGAGCUGGACACGCUCAAGAACCCCACGCGCAGCCUGGACGUGGUGCUACUGAUGGGCGCAGCGCUGGGCCAGAUGGGCAUCGCCUACUUCUCCAUUGUGGCCAUCGUGGCCACCCGCCCUCACGAGCUGCUCAACCGCCUCAUCCUGGCCUACUCGCUGCUGCUCAUCCUGCAGCACAUGGUCCAGAACCUCUUCAUCAUCGAGGGCCUGCACCGGUGCCCACUGGUGGAUGGGGAGAGGCCCGAGGCGCUGCCUCCCCGCAGGGGGUCCCUGCUGGAGCUGGGCCAGGACCUGAGGCGGGUAUCGCUGGCCUACAUCCACUCCUACAGCCACCUCAACUGGAAGCGGCGGGCGCUCAAGGAGAUCUCCCUCUUCCUCAUCCUCUGCAACAUCACACUGUGGAUGAUGCCUGCCUUCGGCAUACACCCGGAGUUUGAGAACGGACUGGAGAAGGAUUUUUAUGGCUACCGGACCUGGUUCACCAUUGUCAACUUCGGCCUGCCUCUGGGGGUCUUCUACCGCAUGCAUUCUGUGGGGGGGCUGGUGGAGGUCUACUUGGGAGCCUGA